AUGCCGUCCUCGCUCCUCGGCGGGCUUAGUGCUCUCCGCGACCGCUCUCGCGGAGCAGUCGCGGCUCUGGGCUUGGCAGGGGGCAAUGUUGAUAACAGUGCCACACCGCUAUGGGUACAUGGAUCGUUUGACGAUGUCCGACGCCUGAUGGCGUGGGCCAUUGCGCUCUGUCUGCUCCUCGUACUUGUCGCGGUCACAAAGCCAAACGAGUCAUCAUUCUGCGCCUACCUGACCGAGCUCGCCUUUCGCCGCCACCUGGCGCACAUCCGCUCGUCGUCUGACGAUCCGGAGGAGCGCCAGAACUCGACCAACGGGAACGGCAAGGGAAGUGCGAGCGGCAGUGGGACGAGCAGCGGCGCUGACACACCGCCAAUUGCCCCCUUCCGCUUCGCUAACCAUGUUGCCAUCUCCCUGCGAACCCCCAGUCUCAACUAUCGAUCGUACUUUUUCUUCGCCCUCGCCGUUGCUGGUGCGCCGGGCGCCCCGGCCUACCUGUCCGACCCUGUGCCUGCGAAAUCGUCCAAGCAAGCAUCUGGUGCCCCGUCCGCGGAGCCUGCCGUUGCUUACCUGGGCGUUCUGGGGCACUGGUUUGUACUCGGCCAGGUGCCCGAGCUGUUUCAGUGGAUCUGGAGAGUCCUCCAUUCCUCGCGCCGCUCCGGCAAGGGACGAAAGAAGAAUGCCGCCUUGGACAAGCCUGGCAUCCUCGAGAUGCGCGCGGUCAUGCCCAAGGAGGAAUCUCUGUCUUCCCGAACGUCUGCCCUUGUGCCCAAGCUCUUAUUCAAGAACGAUUCAGCCAAGGACCUUACCGACCUGCUUCCCCUCCACUCGACCCCGUCGACGACGACGUUGACGACCGAGUCGAGGUCGCGUCGCGGUUCCUCUGCUAACCUCGCUGCCCCACCGACCCCGCCUACGGCCGAUCCCAAUGCCGAGAUCAACUCGCCUGUCUUGACGGCCCUGAAAGCCGAGCUCGCCUCUGCUCAGAGUGUGCUCGCCGAGCUGCAGGCGCAGCUCGACGCCCACGACGAGUCGGUGUCUGCGGCGCAAACUCAUCUGCAGUCCACGCUAGAUGACUUGCGGCGCAGGCGAAAGGAGGACGACGCGGAACGUCAGGAUCUGAAAGCAAAGUCCAAAACUCUCGAGGAUCAGAAGCGUCAAGCUGAAGGAGCUCGACGUGAAGCCGAGAAGAAGCUCAAAUCUAUCGAGUCGAUCCGUGACGGGCUCAACUCAAAGAUCGCCGCGGCGCUCGGCGAAAUAGAGGAACUCAAGAGUAACAUGGAACAGAGCAAGAAGAACAUCACCAUUGUAAAGGAAGAAGGAGAGCGGUAUAUCAAGGACACGCGUGACGCCGUCAAGUCCAAGACGGCAGAACUCGGUACUCUCGAAGAGGAAAUCACCUCGGUGGAGACCUCGAACAGCAACCUUUCUCAGCAAGUCCGCGAAGCCGAGGAGAAGCUCAAGUCGGCCGAAACCGCUGCUGAGGAUGCCCGCAAGAUCGCCCCUGAAGAGGAGAUGAUGCUGAUGGCCGCCGCAUACGAGGCAGCCGCUUCCGAGACCUACCUGCAUGGCCAGCGCCAGAACCAGGCAGACUCGGAGUGGGCGUCACAGGCGGCUGCGUACAUGGCUGAAGCCGGCAUGCCCAUGCUGGACCAGUCGUACACGGCCCGCCCCGCGCAGUCUGCUACCUCUGGCUACGGCCAUCUUUCUCGCCCUCACCCGAACAACGCCUCGUACCGCAGCUUAUCUGACAGCCUGAAGCAGCCCCCUGGACAGCGUGACGUCUCUGGCUUUGAGAACUUUGGCCCCGGUACCGUUGGUUCCGGAGCCGUCGGCACCACCCGUUCGCUCGCUUCUCGCCGCCCGUCCAUCAACACUCAGCAAGCUCCCGCCUCAUCUGUCGAGGACGCCGGAUCGCCGAUUAAUGGUCCCAUGUCUGCCUCGUUCCCCGACAGUUGGUUGCCGCAGGGUUUAGUGCGCUCUCUCGAGGGUGACGUCACGCCUCUGGACAGCGGGCUCUCUGACGCUGCGCCGGAGGACGACGACUCGCUGUUCAUGACGCUGCGCGACGCUGUCUCGGAAGGCGUUCAGCCCGGCCAGCAGGACAAUUCGAGCUCUGACUCUGCCGAGGAUUCGCCUCCUUGGCGUACUCAGGACGGUAACGAUGGUCCUCCUCGCCGCAUGACGCCCACGAUGCGCCUGUCCAACUCGGCCAGCUCGACGCACUCCAACUCGACAAGCACCCACACGCUACAGCACAUGGGUUCUCUGCCUUCCCGCCGCUGGUUCUCCGGAGCUCCAUCUUCGUCCGACAAUCUGUCCUCGUUCAACAUGUUCCCGACUGUCGGCCGCGGGUCGAGCGACUCGCUCCCUCUGCCCGGCUUCGAGUCCGCGUUUGCCCCGAGCGCGUCGGAGAAGAAGGCGCUCAAGUGGCCUCUGCUGAACAAGGCGCGGUGGUCUGGCAACACGAGCAACGGGAUCAGCGGUCUGGACGAGAUUACGGCUGGCCUGAAGAACGACCUGGGUGGUGAGCCCGUCGGCUUGUCCCACUCGACGUCGAACCCGACGACGUCGAACGGGCUCAGCGCUGAGGAGCUGUUCAACCGUGCGCCCGGGAGCGAGUGGAUGGCCGCGUCCGCCCCUGCGUCCAGCAAGGGAGCCGACGAGCCCGAAGCGAACACGGAGCGCAAGGCGAGCUCGAGCUUCCGGUUCUUCUCGUUACGUAACAAGCAUCAAAACCAGAACCAGAACUCGAACCAGAGCAACCAAAGCCAGAACCACAACGGAGCUGGGAGCGGAGCCGGGGCUGGGACGGGCCACGCGGAGAGAUGA